AAUUCUUCUCCCCCGUGCCGUGACAGUGCUUGCAGUGCACAUCGUUUCAUCAAGAGUUUAUUUCAGUUCUUAAAGACAACAGUGUGUGGACCAUUUCAAAGCUGGAACCCUGGCUGCAUUUAAAUUUAAACGUGCAGCUUUAGUUUCGCAUUUCUCGCUGCGGUGAAAUAGGAGAGCGGCAACAGAGACUUGAGAAUGACGAGCUGCUGUUGUGCUGCCAUUCGCCCAACAAAGUUCACUCAUAGCUUUAAUGGCUGGUAGUUUUCAAUGCUCAAGAACUGCUGUGUCCGGGACGACAGAUAUCAACCCAAAAAGUAUCUUCUUCAAACAAUUAAAAAGAAAAAAAAAAAGUAAGUUCACACAUAGAAUUAAAAUAGUGGUCUUACUUUUUAAUUGCAUAUUUAAAAAAAAAAAAAAAAAAAAAAAAAAAAAAAAAUAAUAUUUUUAAAUUCCCCCCCCCCCCCCCCCCCCAUGGAAAAUAAAUAAUAUCGGAACUACACAUUUAUAAGUAAUAGAUCCCCACCCUCCCCCCAACUCUCAUACACCCAAGAGAGGGUUUUCCCCAAGAAGAAAAACCAAAAACCAAAACAACACCCAAACAGACUUGGGCCUAUUUUUAUUCCAUUAAGUUUUUUAAAAGAAUUAGUUUACUUAUUUUUGUUUGUUCUUGAACCCUUGUGUCGUGUGAUAAUAUCAAAUAUUAUAUUCAAUAAUUAUGCAUAGCCUCGACGGUACUUCUUAAUUCUGUUGAUAUUUUAAUCUACAAAAUAAUUAUGCAUAGCCUCGACGGUACUUCUUAAUUCUGUUGAUAUUUUAAUCUACAAAAUAAUUAUACAUAGCCUCGACGGUACUUCUUAAUUCUGUUUAUACUUUAAUCUACAAAAGCUUUAACACUUUCAGUUUCAACUUUCUCUUAUAUGAAUGACGUUUUAGAUAAAAGUAAAAAAAAAUAUAACUAUAAACAAUUAUUAUAUCUGUAUAAACAUAAAGGCAUAGCUACAAAAUUGUAAAGGUUAUGGUGCUUAAAAUUUGUGAUGCGGAAGAAACAAUGUAGGUGUCUUACCUUAUUUCGUUCCAGGUGUGUCUCGUUCCAAGUUUCGCCUCAAUCAUAAUCGUAUCCUCGGCUGAGACUCACAGACACACCUCUCUCAGGUAAAGGGCUCGGUCAAUUAAUUACGUCAACAGUUUUUACGCAAUUCUUUACCCCCCCCCCCAAACCUAAAAAAAAAUUUUAAAAAAAAAAAAAAAAAAAAAAAAAAAAAAAUUGGUAGUGGGCAUAGACUUACACUCUGUAUCAUAAAUAAUAAUGAGCGUGUAGGAAUUUCCAGGAGCGGCCUUGGAGCCUCCUGAGCAGUGCACACACAAAGCCUUUAAGUCACCACGGAGCACAAGCCGGGAACCACUGAUUUAAGAUCUUUAAAAGCGCAUGCAUUGUUCGCAGUUAUAUUAUUUCACUAAAAGAAUAGUUAAAAUGUCGUGAUGAUAACUUUAAAAAUAGGUCUUAUUAUUAUUUUAAAAAAAAGAUAAUAAUUUUUUUUUUUAAAAAUAAUUUUUAAAAAUUCAUUUUCAGGCCAGUUUGUCAUCUUUUGGUGUGAAAAAACGUUCACGCCAUUAUACGUGCCAGGCACCAAGAUGGACCCAGAGCCUCCGCGAUAACCCAUUUGGCUACCAGCAAACAUGACACGUCUUACAAACAUUACACAGACUUGUAGAGUUAAGUCUGACCUAACCAGACCUAGACAUUUUGUGUGUGCUAGAAAUGGUUAUUUUUUGUAUAUAUUUAUGUAUGUUUUAAGUAAUUCCAUUCGUCCUCUCAUGUGUACAUACUAAUUGUUUAUACUUGUAGGCACAUCGAUGUUAACGUUUAAUAUUUAUUAUUGUAUCAGUUGUAAAAACUCUUAACAUAAAUAUUUAUUUCUAAUUUAUUUAACCCUCAAUGAACAACUCAAAGUCGUUGUUCUAUAUCCUGUCAACACCAGCUUCAACCGUGACAUUUUCUGUCAUGUGUAGCAUAUUGCCAUCCAUACAUAGCUCGUACGUUUUAAAUGUGUAUAUUUUUUAAAAAUGUUUAAUAUUGUUCCGUACGUUCCACCCUUUGAGAAUUCCAUCAGAAGCAAAUAUUGUAUAAUAUACAACUAUUAUCCUCGUAAAAAUUUACAAAGGCAAAUGUUCACACAUAAUAUGCAAAGUAUCUCUUAUUAUAAUACGCACCUUGUAGACUAUUGUCAUCUUAUAUAAUUUUAAAUGAUAGUGGUGUGUAUUUAAAAUGCAUAAUCUAACUGUCUUGUUCGUCUUCCAUAUUUUUUAAAUAUUAUUUUUUAUUAACGUUACCUUGGUUACGCUUAUCAAGACGAAACAGUGUUACUAUAUUUGAUCCAAAAAAAUGUCUAGGCAGAUCUCGCUGUUUGUCGCGGGUCGAACUGGAAACGGCAACAGCGCCACCUGCAAUAGCAUCUUAAACAGAAGGGCGUUCCGCAGUGCUGCCUCCGCCACGUCGAUGACCAGGAAAAUAUGCCACGAAUAUGGUCAAAUAAAUGGCGAGACCAUCCACGUCGUCAACGGACCAGGCAUCGGGUACUCAAGCCUUGACCGAACAAGUGCAGACGCGGUAUUUCUAACGGAAAUUAAAAUUGCCGUAGCCUUAAACCCAAGUGGGUUUGACGCGGUAAUCAUUACGGUGAAAUUCGGAGAAAGAUUCACCCAAGAGGACCAGGACGCCAUUGCGAUGUUGAAGAACGUCUUCGGGAAAGAGCUCCUAAAAAAGCACUGCGUUAUCGUGAUGACCGGUGGGGACAUUUUUGAAAGGGAAAGCGACGAGACCGGCCGCACCUUCCGGGAAUGGCUGGACCAGCAACACGGUCGGUUCAAAGAACUGUUGGAAGAAUGCGGUCACAGGAUCGUGCUGUUCGAUAACCUGACCGAAGAUGAAGAAGUCAAAGACAGGCAGGUGAAGGAGCUCAUGGGACUGGUGCAAGACAUGGUGGACAACGGACCAGUGUAUACUAAUGAAAUGUUCGAGGCUGCUAUAGCAUCACGUGACCGAAUUCUCGAAGAAUCCGAUUUGCCGCUCAAUUUUGGUGACCUCCUGCGGGAGGUGGGCCUGAUUUUACACAGCCUGAAGCUCGGCGGCUCAAAUGAAGAUGAAGAUCAACAUGUUGCAGAGCUGGGAGCUUUGUCUGGACGUUGCCAAGACCUAAGCGUCAGGACAUCCUCGGCUGAUUCAGGAACAGGAAAGCUUCAAACCAUAACGCUGCUGGUAGACUUUUGCCAACGGUGUAUUCGAAACAAUGCAUCGAGGAUAUCAAGGCUCAGACGAGAGCGAGAAGCGUGCGACAGGACAGUUGAAGAGAGCGCAAGACGCCAUCAGCACGAAGUCAUUAACGAAGACAGGGCCAGAGAACUAGAUAUCGAUGUCCAUCCCGAGUGUAUGGGUGGAGAUGAACAGAUGCUGGCGAUGACAAGGGAUGAACGUGACGCCCGAUCAGCGGAAACGUUUACGAGAAAGGAGGCCAUCAGGGAAUGGUUCAGACAAAUGGAGCGCCGGGAACGAGCAGAGCAGAGCCGGGAAACAGCGCAGCUAGAGAAACACUAUUGGGAAGUUAAAGGCCAAUGGGACACUUGGAUGGUCAGCGAGAUAUUGAAGAGAACAAGCCAAAUGGCCAGUGUUUGAAACCUUGCUUAAGUGACUGCGCGUAAAGGACCUCAGUGACAAAAUCAUCAAACUCUCAGUGAUCCUCACUGUGUGCACACAACAUCAAGCAAGUUUAGUUGGUUAUGACUUGGGCUGAUGACUUAACGAUCUUACAGUCGUCAAUUUUGAAGAAUAAAGAGAAAAUAGAUACUAAUGCACGCAUUCCGAAAUACUGACUAGUGAUUCGUGAUUCUUAUCUGCUUAUACGUGACUGCAGCGAUGAUAAGACAACAUGGACGCUGAUUAGGUUUUGAUAUAUUUUGAUAUAGCUAUGUAUAUAAUUCGCUAGAAGUAGGGCAAACAAGAAGACGACAACCAUGCAGGCUAUAUAUAGAUAGACCAGAGCAAGCAAGACGCAGGCAACCCUCCCCUCCCUUCCCUUGCCUGCCCAUCGUUGGUCUCGAGACAUGCACACUGCGGUGGAGCUACCGCCCCCUCCUGCCCCACCAUCGCUUGCCAGCCAUGUGCACACCCCAAACAAGCUCGCGGCGUCUGCUAACCGCUGGUUGGCUAUAUUUAUAUAGUUCAAGGGCGUAAAAUAAAAAGUGUGCAGUGACGUAUCAGGAAAAAAAAAGGGGGGGGGGGUAGCAAAAUUUGCAUUCUUAAAUGUGCGUAACUUGAGUUCACGUUUUUGUCAAGUAACUUUAGUAGAUGGGAAGUUCACGCAUUGCUGUCGCCAAUGUUUGGCGGGCUAUAUCUAGUAAAUAUA